AUGGUAGUGAAAAGAACGGAAAUAGAAAUAAUUGAUGAAGAAGACGUGAAGGAACUCCUAGCCGGACAGGAGAGCGACGAGUUCCCUAAAAUGACGGCAAAGUGUAUUGACGACUAUCACCUUUUUCCAUGUGCUCUCGAUGUACCAAAUAGCGAUUUCGAUGCGAACUCUGUUGGAUUCGUCGACAUUCAGGAGUUACGAGAUAUUGUUGAACAGAUGGUAUUGAAAAGAACGGAAAUAGAAAUAAUUGAUGAAGAAGACGUGAAGGAACUCCUAGCCGGACAGGAGAGCGACGAGUUCCCUAAAGUUAGUCUUAAGUUCUCAAUUGGCUGGUUAAACGGCAAACCAAAUAAAAAUUCCAUAAUAAUCUUGGUUCGAAAACAAACCUUGCUGUAUAUGAUCGCUUCUUUAGCAUUUUUCAUGAGACCGCCAUUAGAUCAAAUUUAUAAUAGCACUAUUGGUGAUGGAAUAUGUAGUGGGUUUCCUAAAGGCUUUUUUCCUUAAAA